AUGGAAGGCAAAGAUUGGGAGACAACCGACAUCCUCAUCUGCGGGUGUGGCCCAACCGGGGCUAUGUUGUCAGCCUACCUUGGCCAAAUGAACAUCCCGCACGUGGUUUUGGAAAGGGAGAUUGACAUCACCACAGAUCCACGUGGAAUUGCUCUGGAUGAAGAUGGCAUACGGGCUUUGCAAGGGUUAGGCUUGUACAGAAGCAUCUAUACAGAUAUUGGAACCUGUAUGGGGAAAUUCAAUUUCAUCAGCGGGUCAAGUACAAAUUUGUCAAAAGAGGCAUUUAUUGCCAUGGACUAUAACACUACUGCUGGGGGAACUGGCCAUGUUGGAUAUAUCUGUCACAAGCAGCCGGCACUGGAGAAGAAGCUCAGAGAUACUAUGCGGGCUUAUGCAUCUUGUUCUCUACGAUCGGGUUCAACCGUCAUUGAUCUCGACGAAGAUGACAGCUGGACUUAUUGCAUUUAUAGAGAUGCGGAAGGGAUGGAGCGCAGGAUUCGCGCACGCUUCUUUGUAGGUUCCGAUGGAAAAACUGGCUUCACGCGGAAGCAAUACCUAGAAAAGAAGGGUGUCUUCAUGGAGCGGGUGACGGACGUCUUAUAUGAUGAAACAUGGCUCGGGUAUACUCCCGAACAAGUAUACGAAAAGUUUUUCCCCCCCGGCUUCCGCUUCCUAUGCAACCCAAGUCGCCCGGCUGUUUGCGGCCGUUUUGGACUUCCCAGUGACCGGCUUUGGAGAUUCGAGUUCUUCGUCCGACCCGACGAAGAUGGACAUCACUUGGCCACGCGUGAGAUGGUGCAGAAAAUAGUGUUUCCUCUACCUGGUGACGUGCAAUUUCCGGAAGACUGUAUCAAUAUUUUAAGGUCACGGCCGUUUGCUUUCUCUGCACGCAGCUGCAAUGUCUGGGCUAAGGAUCGUGUCAUUUUGUGCGGUGACUCAGCCCACGUCUUUCCACCAUUUGGCGGUCAAGGUAUUGCCUCAGGAUUCCGGGACGCUCUUUCAUUGGCGUGGCGGCUUGCCAUGCUGUGUCGAUACCAUUCCUGCGAUACUCGGGUCCAUCAUGCCGUGCUGAGCGCGUGGUAUCUCGAGCGCAAGCAGCAGUUGGAGCAAUCUCUUGCGGCGACCAUUGAGAAUGGUAAGUUCGUCACCGAGAGCCAACCACUCAAAGCUUCCGCCAGAGACUGGUAUUUCUGGUUAAUUCAAUUCGUGCCAAGCUGGAGGCGGCAGCUUGAACUGGGCAGGCGCCGGAAAGGCAUGGUCAGAUACCGGUAUCUCGAUGGAAUGCCCUUUCUCCCUGACCUGAACGGGGGCGUCAAUAUUCCUCAGGUUCAUGGCAAAAAGUCAAACGGAGAAAUUGUUUUCACCGACGACAUAAUAUUUCGCUCCCAGCAAGGGGGCCUCUUUCAAAUGUUUGUGUACCUGCACACUGAUGAAGAGCUCUUGGAGGUGCGAAAGGUGCUGCAGGAGGUCGAACAACCCUCUAGAGGUACCUUACUGGCUAAGAACGUCCCCAUUAUUAUUGAAAAGUCAGUUACGGAUGCUGAAGAUCCGAAUGUCAUUAAAAUAGCCACAGGGGAGGAGUUUGCAAGCUCUCCGCUUUGCAACCGGCGGCCAGAACCCAAGCUUUAUGAUCAGUUUGCUCUUGGCAAAGAGAUCCGUGGAAGAUAUUGCAUCGUCCGACCCGAUCGUUUCCUCUUUGCCGCCUGCAACGAUAUAAACGAACUGCAUGUAGCGAUCCGCAGCAUGCUAGCUUACUUGCACCAGACGGGUCUCUAA